CUCCUACGCUAUAUUGGCAUUGCUUUGUAAUUUCGGCAUCGCAUGCGACGACAUUCAAUAUGCCGCAGCCCAAAGAGGAUAAGGCGCUAUCCAGGCGUUUUUUCCGAAGGUCCAAACGCUCCGACGCUGAUUCUCAAAUCGACGCCUCCAAAUCUGGUUCGAGCGAUGGCCGUGACAGCAGAGUAGGGAGUCAAGUCGCGGUGGUGGAUGCGAUAACAGUCGUGGCGGCUCCACAGUCCUUGCCCAACACGAAGCCAAAUGCGUCGACGAGCACGGAGACUGUUUACCCGUUUAAAUUCUGGGAAGCUGCAUACCAGGAAAUCCUCAACGAUAAGGACGACAAAACACAGAAAGAUUGUCGGGGCCUAUGAUAUCCUACUCGAUCGCAUGGCUCGGCAAGGGGCUGGAGAGGCGGAAGACAAUUGGGAAUUGCAGAUGACGGAUAUCGCCGACGAUGAGGACGGCCGUUUGGAUUUCGAGUCUCCUGGUGGCGGUGGUGACACCACUGUGAAGCGCCGAGUAGGAUGCGAAGAAGAAAUGAGGGCCAUCGCCGUUGCGAAACUCGGAGAGAUGCAGCGGAAAGAAUGGGUCAUGCAGUGGAACGGCCACGUUUUCAAGAUUCGGGAACAAGUCACCCGAAUCGUCAGGAUCAUGCAGCAUGUGUCCAGUCUUGCCAGUCAAGCAGCUUCUACCAACCCUCAGGCCGGGCUUGCCUUGGCGGGAGUCUGCGUCCUUCUACCGCUCAUCGUCAACGAUACAGACGAACGACAGGCCGCCAUCGACGGGGUCGAACACGUUACCCGAAUUGUGGCAAGAUUCCGGACCGUGGAGGACGACUAUGUCUCAGGUCGGUACGGGAAGAAUGAACAUUUCGAGAGAGCGCUGGUGGCUCUGUACCGCAGAGUCGCCUUCUUUUACAUGAAGGCCGCCUGCUAUUUUGCCAGAUCAACGCCAUUUCGGUCAAUUCGAGGUCUCGUGGCUGCAGAUGAGUGGAAACCCACUCUCGACUCGGUCAAGGUGACCGAGACCGAAUGCCACAGCUUCGUAGCCACGCUGGGAUGGUCCAAGUCACUCGAGAAAGUCGACAAAGUGCUAGAGGACUUGUCAAGAGUGGAGUUCAAAGACCUCAUCAAGGACAUAGAGAACUGGCUGAUACCCAAUAUCAACGUCGAAGGACAGCACCAUGCAAAGCAGCCGAAGCUGGCUUCCGGAUACGAUAAGGCUGGCAGUUGGCUGCUAGAUAUGCCCGAGUUCAAAUCGUGGGAGGGAGAAGAAGAUGCCGGACAGUUCUGGAUUAGUGGAGCCGUCGGCACUGGAAAGUCCUCCCUGGUCGCCAUCAUAGUGGACCGCAUCCGAAGGAUGCAGCAAGAGAACGUCGCCUUCUUCUACUGCAUCGUGGACACCCCCGGCACGACGGAACAUGACGUGGUAGUCACGCGAAUUCUCCGCGGGCUCUUGGGACAACUAGCCAUGUCACAGGAUAGGAAGAGAAUUGCGGAGGAGAUCGAAGUCGCCUUCGACCAGUCAGCAAAGCCAGGAGCGCUGGGGCGAGUGCCUCUUAGCUUGGAUGCUGCGAAAGUCUUGCUAGUCAAGAUUAUCAAUACUCGACGUAGCACCACCAUCAUCAUCGACGGCUUAGACGAGGUCCCAGACUCCCGUCAUCUUCUCCUGGUCUUGAAGGACAUCGACAAGAAGGUGGACGCAAAAAGACUACGGCUACUUCUCGCGAGCCAGAGCGUGGUUCCGAUAAGCGACUACUUUCCGUUGGCGAAGGUGGUAGUUGCAGGAGGGCAAAGCAGCAUGACCGACAUGAAAUCCUUCAUUGGCAGACGAGUUCAGCAGUUCAACAAAGACCGCCCAAACAUUCUGAGCUCAGGGCUUUCCGAGGAUAUUGUGGAAACUCUAUCCACGAAGGCUGAGGGAAUGUUCAAGUGGGCAGAGCUGUCCCUCAAGCAAGUUCUCGACCAUGACAAUACAUCCACCGAGAUUGCUGAACAUUGGAAGUCGGUGAAGGAACAGGAGUUCCGUGGACUGCUUGUUGACCUCGUCCGAACCUACGAUGUUAUCUACAAGAAAAGCUUGCCUUUCGGGGAUCAGCGACAUAUGGUCCAGCGUGCCGCCCAACGAGCUCUUUUAUGGGUUCUCGGCGCAGAGCGAGGCUUGAGACGAAAGGAAUACCUCGCACUGCAAAAAGGCGAAACGAACGAAGCAUCGGCAGCGAAGACUGACAAAAUCUGCCAGAACUUUAUUCAUCUCUCUGAAGACGGAGAAAUUGCCGCCUCGCAUUCGUCUGUCUGGGACUACAUCAGUCUCAAAGUCACGGACCAGGUCGACAAGUUCGUCAAUUUCGCCGAGAGCGAGAACAAUCCCGACGCGAUCCGAGAAAUCAUCCUCGAUUGUCUGAAGAUCAUCAUCGAUAGCGAUGGCUCGUCAUCAGGCGACGAACCCGAGGAUCAGCUCUCGGAGAAAUCCCCGAACCCGCUGCUGCAUUACGCUUGCCAUCAUUGGCCCAACCAUUUGGGGCCCUGUAUCAGGAGCGGGAGGGACUCGAGCAAUCUACUGAAGCAGGCAGUGGCCCUUUUCGAUCCAACCAACGUCAACGCCCUCCGGCGAUGGAUUGAGGUCUACGACCCGGACUGGGACUCCCAGAACAUGAGCAAACUCAAGCCUCCCGAUCCCUUAUAUUACGCUGUGUGGACUGAGGGUGACGAUAUUGUUCGGUUCGUUCUCGACAACUCGGAAAGCUCAUCUUGGACAGGCGGUCCUCUUGGGAAGGCCCUCCAGCUAGCAUGCUACCUGGGAAAGACAUCGACGGUGCGCGAAAUCCUGAGGAAAGUCAGCGUCAACGAAGCAGACGAUCAGAGAGAGGUCGUAGACCUUUUGAUAAACGAAUACGAGGCCAACGUCAACGCCUCUAGCGCCGCCUUUGGGAACGCCGUGCAGAUAGCGCUAGCACUGAGGGACCAGGGUCUUCUGGAAUCGCUCGUUAAUCAUGGGGCUCAAUACAACCCUACCGAUUGCCGAGGGAUGAUUUGGGCCAAUGUCUGGCGUCAGAUUCGAGAGUCAGGAUGGUCGGAACCAAAUAAAUUGCUCCGUAAGUGGGUGAAGGAUAUAACCACUAUUCCACAACUGCCAACAGCCUUAGACUCGCGUUUGCAGAUCCUUCACACCUGCAUCGUCUAUCAACACAGAGCCGCCAAGCAAAUCGGUCGUGAAGAACCAGCAUCACCGCCCAACCCGGAAGCCGCUACAUUAAUGGAUCGGUUAUCGGUUGUCACCAAGCAUAUCUGUACAGCCGAUCUAAGUACCAGUGGCUACAUUCCCAUAGUGCUCACAUGGGUGCUUCUCUUCCGAUUAAUGGAGUUUAGUCAACUCAACAACUCCAUCGAGGUUUACGAGAUAGUCCACCGACACGAAAUCUUCAUCCAGGAAUUCGGAGAGUCCCUUCAGGAUAAUCCAACCCUACACGCAGUUUUGACCCAAUUAUUCGCCCUUGCGGUUCGGGUUUUGACUACCACUGCGAUCCGUAUCAUUGGGCUUAAGGGACUCAGUAUAGAAGCGGAAGCGCUCGAAGAGAGCGCAAAAGAAACUGCGGCGAAGCGACUACUCUCUCUCCACAAUGAGCGCACAUUGUCCGCAAUGAACAAAAUGGCAAACGACAUUUCAGAGAUGAAACAACAAAUCAGCCAACUUGUCGGUGCCGUGCAAAUGCUUGUGGCUCUUCAGCGGAAAUCCGACGAUACAGACGCACAAGCAUACUGGCAACAUGAUUCGUCGUAG